CCAUUUAAAACCCCCGUUACACUGGACAGACCCCGCAGUCCAGAUUCGGGGGUGGAACAAGUUAUCAAGCCCUGAGAUAGCUCUUCUGUGGGUUUCAACAUGUCGUUUUUGAUCUUUAAAUCGUUUGCCGACCUCGUCAAAAGCGAGUCGAUCCGUAUUGACAAUGGUUGGUUUGUCCUCCAUUAUCGCGCUAGUGUCAUCCUCAUGGCCGUGUCGAGUGUGCUCAUCGGAACCACGCAGUAUUUUGGGGAGCCCAUCAAUUGCGAAGUCAAUAACUUUGACAAAAGUAUGGUGGACACUUACUGUUGGACUCACGGAACAUGGACUGUGGCUGAAUUCUUGACGAAGAAGAUGGAGGGUGUGGUCGCUCAUCCCGGAGUUGGUCCCUACGACCCCAGAUAUCACACAAUGAUUCACCAUCGUUACUAUCAAUGGGUUCCAAUUGUCAUCGCUUUAUCGGCGGUGCUUUUCUAUGUUCCCCGUUACUUAUGGAAGAUGUUCGAAGGCGGGUGGAUUGCCAACAUGUGUAAGGACAUGAAAUACCCAUCCCAUCAACCAGGAGACCAUUCGCAAAGAGUGAAGACCCUGUAUCAGUUCUACGUCAAGAACCAUCGCAAGCAUCGCACCUACGGCUUCAUGUUUGCUUUUUGCGAGUUCCUCAACCUUUUGAAUGUCAUACUUCAAUGGAUCAUGGCGGAUGUAUUUAUGCGGGGUCGAUUUCACGACUACGGAAGCAACGCACUCUACUAUUUCCGAUUCCAAAGCGAUAUCCCAGACGCUUUCAACCCAUGUGAUUUGGUAUUUCCCAAGAUGGCCAAAUGUUCUUUCGCUUUCUAUGGUGGAAGUGGGGACCCAUCCAAAUCUGAGCCGCUCUGCAUCUUACCGCAAAACGUUCUGAAUGAAAAGGUCGCCUUGCUCGUUUGGUUUUGGUUCAUCUGCUUGAUAGUGUGCUCGACUUUGGCCGUGAUGAUCCGACUGGUGGUGAUGAUGGUGCCGGUGGCGAGAAAACCCAUAUUGUUCCUUUACUCGGAGAACAACAACUCGAACGAGAUGUCCAUGGUGUGUGACAACUGCGGAUAUGGAGAUUGGUUCAUUUUGCGUCAAAUGAAGAAAAACGUGGAUGCUCUCACUUUCGCGUCUCUGAUUUCGCUCCUGUCCAAAGACACUGAGCAGCUCAUGUUAGAUGAGUCCAAUUUGGAUCCCGAGGCACCCAAAGCCACCAAAGUGCAAGAUUUUGACACCCUUAGGGGCGAAUCUGAUAAUUAGUCGAUCUAAUUAAUGAACCAUGUUCCCAUUUUUGUUGAAUAGACCAUUUUGGAAAGAUGAAAAA